CAGGAAGCGAGUGUCUUUUUGGAAACAAUACCGUGUGGCGCUAAAGCGGCGGCGCCUCAGGUUGCAAGCCCGGGGACUUUCCGGCUCCCGCUCUUUCCGCUGGCGGCUCUCGUUGGCGCUUCAGCAGCAAGCAAGACCAGAUGAAAGGCGGGAUCCGUUUCGGAAGGUUCGCAGAUCGCCGCUUGGAAUAGGCGAGCGGGGCUCCUGGAUCUUAGUCUCCCGGGUACGGUCGUAAGCUUCUGCAGCUGUUCUGCCCGGGCAGAGGCGCAGUGGGGGCAACAGGUGAAAUGGAUCCGCCUGUUUACCUGGAAGAUGAUUUUUCCCAUUUGGAUGGGUUAGAUGAUGAUGUGUUCCACUCUGAUGACUGUGAACUGGUCAGCCAGUCCAGCAAGAUGGCCUUUCGUGGCAUUUUCACCCAAAGCAAAUCUUAUAACUGUCUCCUGGGCAGGUUCCAGCUCUUCCCACUUACACACUGUUGUGGCCCAGGCAGCAGGCAUGCCAAACAACAGGACAAGGCAACACAGACCCUCAAUGCAUCUUCUUCCAGCCAGGAUAUCAUGUUACCUUGUGGAGUCACUGAAGAGCCCCAGAGACUCUUUUAUGGAAAUGCUGGAUACCGUUUACAUGUCCAACCAAUCGGUUUCACAUUGAAUCCCCAUCUCCAGGAGGAACCUCAGGAAAGUCUGCAGGAAUUGCGUACCGAAGUUCAGAUUGCACGGAAGUUACAGUGCAUUGCAGAUCAGUUCCACAGGCUUCAUCUACAGAGGCACCAGCAGAACCGAAAUCAGGUCUGGUGGCAGAUCCUUCUCUUCCUCCAUAACUUUGCCUUGAACGUGGAAGCCAACAGACAACGUGUGGGUCAGAGGUGAAACCUGCCCUGCCUCUUCCAGGUUCCAUCCAGUCUGCUGGGAGCACCGAACAAACCCAGGUUACAAAUGCGUGUGCCACUGGACAGAUGUAAGGUUCCUGUGGACCUGAGGGUGCUUGUUGUUGUACAAAAGACUUGUUUUCAAUGGACUCGCCUUCUGACUCCCUUGUCUUCUGUAGUGGGGAGCUUUGGUCCAACACUGUUGAAGAAAGAUCUUCCCAAAUUGUCUGGCUUAUAAUCAAGGUGCAAGGAGGAGCUAAUGUAAGGAAGCUUUGGAAGAGUUGGUGAUGGACUGUUGGUGGAUAUUCUAGGAUCGAGGUUCGGGGCAACUACCAGAUUCCUGAUAAGUAAACUUCAAAGAAACUCUGUUAACAAGCAACUGUGAAACAGCAUAUAGAAUAUGUACAACUGAAUCCUAACCUUUUAAAUACUGGAGAUACUGGUGUAAACAAGGAGUGAGUCUUGAAUAAUAACACCCAAUCAUUACGCUCAGGAACAUAUAGGCUCCCCUCCUAUCUUUUAACUCAAGAAAAAUGCAGUACUUCCUUAUCAAAUGUAACUUUCUUUACUACUCUAAAGCUGUAAUCCUUAUAGUAAUAAAAUAAGCCGUUACCCAACCUAUAGGAUUUCUUAGCUUUCCUUCCCUAAGGAGAGAAAGAAAGGUUUGUCCUUGGAGAGAGAAAUCCAGCCUUACAAGGACCUUCCCUAAAGCUGCAAACUUUCUGCAGUUGGUACUGUGAAGAUUGGGGUGGGGGUGGGGGGGCGUGUUAGUAGAGACCCUGUUUUCCACUGCAACAUGCCUCUAAAGUGGGUAGGAUUCAUGGCAGCCUGGAGCUUGUACCAUCCUUUUCCUUCCCAUUGGAAUCAUUGGGCAGGACAAGGAAAGGAAAAUCCUCUUUUUGGGGGGAUCCAGUUGGCGUAAGCCGCUAAAAUUACAGAAGAACUCAUUCAGCUAUCUGGGUUUCUCUCUUUUCUAAGUCUAAACAUCCAACAGAAUUCGUUUAAUUUAGCAGAGAAAAGUGCCUUAAUUUUACAUUAAACUCAUUAUGAUCAUAUUCAGUAUCAGAGAUGGAGCCACAAACUACUGAAUGCCCCAUAUUACAUAUUUUUCUUUUGCCAUUUAGAAAAAAAAAUGGAAGUAAAGUUUUUAUUGGGAAAACAAGAAAAUCAGAUACAUUGCAGGAAAGAAGGGGAAUGCUUUUUCUUGCCUGGCCAUAGGUAGAGGGACAUCAAUCCAGAAGAUUUUGAAAGGGGCUUUGCACUCUGGUUUCAAGCUUCUGGACUUUUCAGUCUUAGGGCAGGUGAGACACAAGAUUAAUUAGAAGGCUGGUUAUGCAAAGAUUUGGCUAUAUUUUUGCAAGCGACAUACUGUACCUUCCAAAGUGCUCUCCUGAAGACAUUUGCUAUUCUGAACUACGUAGCAAUACUUUCCCACUAUCUUAAGAGGCAGCAUUCCUACUCUAGGUGUUUUUAAGAUUUAGAAUCAGCCGUCAUACAGUUUGGUUAAUAUUAAGUGGAUUUGUGGUUUCGCCCUCAUGGCUUUAGCAUGUUGCGCAGAUCUAGCCAAUUUGGUUAGUUUGUACUUCUUUGUAUUUUGAGGACUAAGAAAAUGGACUAACACAGGAAUGGAGUUGGGUGAUUGUGUGUUUAGCAAUUUUUCCCAAAAUAGCUGAAAUGAGAGCAUCUCUAACAUUAUGGCCUUUUUAUAUAUUGAUUUUAAGAAAAUAAAAACAACAUGAAUUAACAGUAUCCGUAUUGUUUAAAUAUUUCUCAGUGUGAAGGAACAAAUUAGUUCAGACAAAUUUUUAUUCCAAAGUUUUACAUUUUUAGUUUCAUAUUUUCAGGAGAGGGAUUUUAGAGUUUAGCAAGCAACUUAGUCUCAGACAUUUGUCUCUGUGCUAGAUUUCCUUCCAGUUUUGCCACUGUGCCUUCGCUAAGAGAGUCUUUGCUCCAUCUGGCCUAAUUAUGGAACUGUAGGCUAUUUUUCAGCAUUUCUGUAGUGAGUUGAAAACUUGCUGCUUAGAAUCCUGGACUGAAUCCAACUUUUGAUCUCUACAAAAAGAACAGAUUUCUUCUAUAGUAGGUUCUGGUUUAAUGGAGAAUUCCUCCUGGUAGAAUGAAUAGGUGAUUUCUGAUUCCUCUAAAAAUCUCUUCUGGAAAAUUGUGAGGCUCUAGGACAGUGAAGAAGGUGAUGUGAUGUGAACCAGAACUCCCUAAUAGAACUCUGCUUAGAGAGGUCCUGCUGGAUCCAGACUCCUAUUUUCCUCCUCUUGAAAGGAAUCUAUCUAAGCCAAAUCCAUCUCCCUGAGAGCUUAUAAUUUGCAGAUGUGAAAAUGGAUCACCUGGGACAGGUUCCCCCAAGUCAGGUGUCAUUUAGGUGUGCUGAAGAUUUAGUUCACUGAUUCUCAGCCAGCAAGAGGGCACUAGAUUGAGAAAGGGUGACUUAAAUGAAGUGUCUCCAAGAAUCAGAGUUUCUGAAUCAAGUUUGCAAUCCCAACCAUAUCAAUAUCUUCCUAUGCCACACCUUCCUUUAAUUGACUCAGACAAAUAAUGUUGCUGACCGUUACUGCAUCGUGGCAUAUAAAGGUGGAAGAUUGUUUCCUUGAACUUUUUUUUAAUGGGCCACUUUCAUUUUUGGUGACCUCUUUAGAUGCUUCUCCUCCUCCUGAUCAAUAUAAGGAGUUUUUAGCCCUUCUGCCGUGAGAGCAGAUGCAUUAGAUUGCCUUGUUUGACACAUGACCUAUUUACCCAUCAUUAGUUUGGACACAGGGCAGAAAUCUGAAGCACAAAGCUUUAUUGUAUUAUUCUCUGCAGUGGACUAAGCAGUAACUAUGGGAUGGAGAAGUAGAGCAUGUUAGCACAUGCAUGUUGCCUUCUACACAAUUCUUUUUGUGUGAAGACUAGAAAUCCCAAUUGGGACCAUUAAGAGUUUUACAUUGUGUCGUCUUUAACCUAAUACAUCAGAAUUAUUAUUGUUGAACAUUGGUUCCCUCCUCUCCACUAUUAUCAAUGAUUACUGUCUGUUUAUACUAAAACGUUAUACAGUAAUAAUAAAUGUGUAUCUAUUUAAGUGUAUAAUCAAGAACAGAACCUGUAAUGGGGCUGAACUGGUUAUAAGGCAUACUAGCUUCAUCCCACCAGACAUAAUUAAUGUGUUCUAUUUCUGGAUGAGGACCUGGGAAGCCUAUUUGAAUUUUAGAUUUUUCAUAUCGUGUAGAACCAGAAUAACUUGCUUAAUAUCUAGUAAUAGAAAAUUAGCAUGUAAUCAUUACUUUCCUCCUUUGGCUUCUUGUGACCAUUUGGUGUCCUUAUCUUGUGUAUUCUAACUGGACUACCACCCUGAUUUAAUGAGAUGCUUCUCAAUGAAUUCUGUGAAUCUUAUUAAUAAUACAAACUGAUGUUGCUUAUGAGUCCCAAGUUUUUGGAACUCUAAUUUUUGAAUGGAUAGAUAGACAAAAUCAGGGCUGGUUUAGGACAUCUAAAGUUUUUCUAAAAGAACACUUCCAUAUGUCUAAAGUUCAUCAAUUAGGGAACCUCUAAUUAGGGAGGGAGGGGGCUCUUUUCUCAUGAUCAUUUCAUUCAAUGGAAGCAAGAGUCCUUGGCUUGGGGUGGAGGUUGCUUUGUGCCACUAGUUUACAGUUGCCUUUUCUCCUUAGUGGCUCUUUAGCAACUGAAAGAAAGUCUUAACCAUGGUAGAAAAGACCAUGGGAGACUUCCAAAUAACCUGCAACAUUAUCUGAAGCACUACUACCUCAGUAAAAUGUUGCAAAUGAGGCAAAGCAAUUUUACAGCAAAAGCUUCCACCAAGAAAGGAAUUUUCUUUUUACUAUCUCUUUCUCCUCAAUUCAGCUGGUUCUUUGUUAAUCCUUUUUAAAUCAAACUUUCCUUGGCUGCAUUCUCUCCAGUAAUAGUGCUUUUGCUGCAGUUCUUGGAAACUGAGACAGCAAUCAUAACAAACUGUACUGCCUGAGGUGACUUCCAGCUGCCAAAAAGCCAGGCCAAGGUGGGAAGAGAAUAGAGGAAUGGUCUUCAGAUAAAGACCCCGAGGAUAAAGACCUUGGGGACACUGGCUGAUUGUCCUCUGUUGGGCUUUUGUUGUGCAACUUCUGUGUCUAUAUAUGUAGCUGCUGUUUUCUUUGAAUUGUGUGGAUUUUCCUUUAUUCCAUGGCAUUGUGUUCUCCUAUUGUACCAAAUCUGCUUGUCUUGUUCUGCCAACUUAAGCAGCCUGUUGGCAGCAAGUUCUUGUCAGUGUUCCCAAAGGCUGGAAUUUCCAUUUUUGAAGACUUUACUAAUCUCUUCACCUACUUGCAAGCUUUGGUUAUAAUCAGCCAAAGAGGGUGAUCUAACAUUCCCAUAGAAAACCGUAUCUGUGACUUUGCUUUCAACACAUUGGUCUUGGGUUUUAUUUUGUUCUUUGAGGAAUUAAAAUUGUGGUCUGCUGGCAUUGUGACCAAACCCCAGAUAUGCAGGGAUACUGUUGUCAUGUAACAGUGAGCUUGAAUUAAUUAACUCCAAUCACUAUUUGGUACAAAAUAAGGACAUAUACAACAGGAGUUGAAGCUGUAAUGGAGAUUGGCCACAAACUGACAAUCCCAUCCUAUAGAAAAGCCUGGGAAAGGCAUUAAUCACAUAAAAAGUAGAAUCAGAUGUGUCUUGCAGAAUGCAAAGAUGGGAGAGGCUUUUCUAAAGUCAGAGAGAGCCAUGACAUGGGACAUGCAUUUAUUCCAGUGCUUCAUAUAAAUUACCCACGGGCUAUAAACAGAAUGGACAACAAUUAGUAGAUUUAACUGGCUGUGAUAAAUUAAAGGAGUCAUUACAAACACCACAAGUAUUGUUGCUAUAACUGCGCUGUCCUCUCAAAUUGCCUAACUGCAAUGUGGCACAUGGGAAGUUCCUUUAUACUGAUUAAGAACAACAAAUAAUCUAACCGCACAGACACCAACCCAACCCUAUUUCCCCCCCUCCCCCAUAAGGGAAAGGUAAGGGAAAGGUUCCCCCGCACAUGCGUGCUAGUCAUUUCCGGCUCUAGGGGUGGUGCUCCUCUCAGUUUUUAAGCUGAAGAGCCAGCACUGUCCAAAGACGUCUCCAUGGUCAUGUGGCCAGCAUGAUUUAACACCAAAGGCGCACCAAGCGCUGUUACCUUCCCUCCACCAUUUUUCUACUUGCAUUUUUUACGUGCUUUCGAACUACCAGAAGCUGGGAUAAGUAACGGGAGCUCACCCUGUUAUGUGGCACUAGGGAUUCAAACCGCUAGGUAUUCAAACCGCUGAACUGAUGACCUCCUGAUCGACAAGCUCAGUGUCUCAGCCACUGAACCACUGUGUCCCACCUUGUUCCCUUCCCCGCAGUAUCCUCUCCCAAUUAUGUUGCCAAAAUUUGGAGGUAAAUGCCGGAAAUCAAGGGCAUUUCCCCCUACUUUUUAUUUUUGGAAAAAUAACACCUGAAAGAAAGCCCUUGAAAACUAUAAUGCAUGUCGUCGUCACCAAGCCCUGAGAUCCUUGUAGAGGGGGGUUCUUUCUUUUUUUAAAAAAAGUAGACCCCGGUCACAAAAAAAUUAGCUGAACUUGGUCUACAAUGCUUAUCAGCAGCACUGCCACACCUUCAGACAGAUAUCCCCCUUUCAAUAUCCCAGAGAUCUGACAUGGGACCGCUGGAGUAGGACUUCAAUAUCCUUGCUAGUAUUUGUUAAUCUGCCCAAUAGACGAGUGAGCGAUAGCGUUGUUCAACUGCGCCUCCCUGAAUGUAGGCAAAUAGGUCUUUUAUAUAUAGUACAUCUGGAGCUGGAGACCAAAAACAAACAAGGUUCAAGGAAGUACCCUUUGGAAGCUGGAGUUCAUGGAUAGGGAACAAAAAUAAGCUUCAUGUUAUGCUCCUGAAAUAUCCUGCAAAUGAGGAGAUGGUUGUCCAAUCCUUAAUAUAAAACUAAUGUUUCAUUUCCAGAUACUUUUCUGUAAUUGGGAUGAAGGCAGCAUCUUUCUUUUCAUUUCAGAUAGGAGAAGUAUUUGAACCAGUUUUCUGUGGCUACCUUCUCUCCUGAUAUGGUGGGAAUUUACAGGGCAGAUCACUAAAUUUACAAUCUCGCAAUCAGUACAUAUCUUUUAAGAUAUGGGUAGCUUGAGGCCUUCCAAAUGUUGCUGAACAGCUGUUUCUAACAUGACCAAUGCUGAGGAAUGUUGGGAGCAUGGUCCUGUGACAUCUGGAGAGCCUAAUUUUCUAAGCCUUGUUUCAAGACACGAGUUUUAAUACCCUGGAUAAGCGUGCUUAUGACAAAAUGUGAGGUUGCUUACGUUUAUGUGUUAUUUUACUCCUAUCCUGCUUGGUUUUGUGUACUGAAAGCAGAUGGUCUUGUGGUUCAUUACAUUAUAUCAUAUUUUAAACAUCUGGCAAUAUGUGUUCAGUUCUAUUGGGGUUAGUUUCACAUUGGAGCCAGCAGCAUGUAAAAACAGAACUUCAGGUGCAACCUAUCAAUCAGUGGCAUAUUUCACCACCUAAUGUAAAAUAGGAAAAGGGAUAAUUGGUUCUAAUGACAACCAUAUAAUGCUUAACUAUUAGUUGGAGAUUUAUUAAGAAAUGUAUUUUUCAGUGGAGGGUAAAAUAUGAAGUUAAUAAACCAAAAGUUCAACUCUAUGUACACUUGAAAGUAAUUCCAUUUUGCUGUAAAAGGUCUUGCUUCUGAGUAAGCCUAUGUAGAAUCAUAUUACAUGUCAUCUUAAUAUGUUAAUAGUUUAAAACAACAAAUGAAGCUUGAGAUCUAUAUCUUAAAAAUACAGACAUGUCCUUUACAUAUUCAAAUGUCCAUUUUCCAUCUAAGAGUCAGACUGUCUUACUUUUCAGCUAUUUCAUACCCUGAAAGGAGAAACAUUUGCCAACCUUUACAACUAUAACUGAUUUUUAAGUGCUACUUUUGUUUUGCAGACUUUCACAGGCAACAGUGGGUUGGAUCCCAACUUGGCCCUCCUUAGAGUAGAGCUAUUAAUUGUGAUGGAACCUGGGAAAGAGGCCUGUAUUUUAGCAAUUCUUUUUUUUUUUUAAUGACUAAAUUUGGAUACAAGCCACUGUUUAUCUUCAUGGUCUGAGAAGCUUCAUCUGCUUUUCAAGAUAUGAGGAUUUUUUUUUCAGGUAUUCUGGCAGCUCUUGUUAACCAGUGUCAUUCUAGUUAUUAAAUUUUAUAUUUCCUACACACACACACACACACACACACACACACACACACACAAUAAUAAUAAUGACUUAAUGUUACUUUGGGUUUCACAAUGACAGUACCAUUUUUUAAGUUUCUGAAACAGUACUGAACUCCUACAAAUUUCUGGUUCUUACUCAUCAGCAAUAGGAGAAAAAAAGGCCAAAUAUGUCACGUGCAUUGGGAUAUAAUUGUGUAUGUCUAUAAAUAAAAUGUGGGCUGUAAGUUCCUCUUUCCCGUUGCCUCAAAUAGGAUCACCAGUAUUUAACUGCCUUUGCUGUAUUCUGUUAACAGUGAUUGAAAAAAAUUGGCAAGUUGCCAUAAAAACUAUCCCUGCUCAUGUAUUCAAAUUGAGUUGCCUUAAAGACACAGCUACAGAGGUUGGGUGAAGCAUUGGCAACCCAGACAGAUUUAUUGGUUGGGUUAUUGCAACUCACUGACUGUGAAACUGGAUUAAUGAGCGCUCAUGUGCCACCAUGUUACCCCCCCCCUCCUCCCUUCAUGAAUUUGCAAAAUAAAUAGGAACUUUUCAGAAAUUUACUUUGGAAGAUGAUUUCUGCAAAUAGAAAGCCAUGUGACUUUGGGAGCGAGGGAGACUUUAUAAUGUUUAAAUGAACUCCAUUGAAAUCAACUGAAUAACUGUAAUUACCCUUUUGUCCUGUUGAUUUAUUUCUAUGAGCUUCCAUUGCAACUUAUGCUAUCUGGUAGGAAGCUUGUACCUCCAGGAGUAAUGGGGACAUAGAAAAAAUUUUGGGGUGUGUUUCUAGAGGCCUUCAGAUUAUUUUCAACCUUUGAGUAAUGAGAAUACAGGAUGAGUUUAAGAGUAGGAAAGGAAUAUUGGAUCAUUACUAUUUUUAAAUACUGUUAAGAAAAUCACCGUGUGUACAAUGUUUGUAAAAAAAUUUUUUUGGUAAGGAUGUUUAUUUAAAAAAAUAUUGAUUAUGAUUGGUAUACUGGGCCCGACAGGAAGGAGUUAGAGUUUUCUGUAACUCUUUGCUGCCAUCUAGUAAUUCCCCAGAUGCAUUGGUACCCUUUCAGUGCUAUGGGCCUAUCCGACCUGUAAGGCAAUUGUUUAUAUUGUUUUAUAAAUAUUUAUAUAACUCUUUUUGUUCAAAGUGCUUUUUUUGUUAAGAAUUAUUGCCUAUUUCAUCAUUAUAGGAGUCAUAGGAAUUAAGGAAGCAUGUUUUGUGUAAAGAUGGAAUUUCUGUGCCUUCAGUAACUAUCAGAGAGCAGGACCCCGUUGUUAUGGGCUUGAAAAAAAUGGACCUGUUGAAAAAUUGUACCCAUUUUGUGACUAUUAGAAAUAAAGGAUCGUCUUUUCCUUUUGUACUUACUGGAUACAGCAUACCAAACCAAGUUAGUUUUUUCUUUAUUUCACACAGUUUUGGUUAUUUAAAUAAUGAUCAACUUUUUUUAUUAUUUUUUUUUCAAAUAUUUUAUUGAGUUUAUACACAUACAUAAAAUAACAUUUCUAUUAACAUCGGAUGCGCAGUGUUUAUACAUAUAUAGAAGAUAUAUACCUGGUGUCACUUAAGCUACUUUUUCCUUUUAUUUAACACACCUUUUUCUCUUUCUUUCAUUUUAUCAUUCAUCCAUUCAUACCACCUUCCCCACAUGGUAUAAUAAUCUGAAUUCUCAUCAUCAUUUAUUUCAUGGGUUAGUUUACUCAUCUCUGCGCACUCCAGUAGUUUCCUAAUUAUAAGUUCUUCUGGUGGCAGAGCUUUCUCUUUCCAAUAUUGUGCGUAGGCCAGUCUAGCAGCUGUGAUUAUAUGUAUUAUUAGGUGAUUCUUUUUCUUUCCAUAGGUCUCUUUACUAUUCCCAGGAGAAAUAUUUCUGGUGUCAAUUCAAUAUCUUCUCCAAUUAUUUCUUGUAACCAUCCCCAAAUCUUACUCCAAUAUCUUUUCGCUUCAGGGCAUGUCCACCACAUGUGAAAGAAGGUGCCCUGACCAUAGCCACAUUUCCAGCAGUUUGGGUAUAUGUUGGGAUACAUCUUUGCUAGCCUAGCAGGGGCUAAAUACCACCUGUGGAGCAUUUUGUAAUGAUUUUCCUUAUACGUCGCGGCUCUGGUCAAUUUAUAGUUUUUAUUCCAUGCCUCUUCCCAUUCAUUAAAAUUUAUGCUGUGUCAAAUAUUUUUCUCCCAUACACUCAUUUGGUUUUUAGUUAUAUCCUCAGCUCUGUCCUCAUCUAAUAGGUAGUUAUAUAAUUUAACCAAAAUCUUUUUACCCGUUCCCAUCAGGACUUUAUCAAGCCUAUUAUAUCCUAAUUCUAAACCACAUUCUUCCUUGUCUUUCUGGUAUCUAGAUUUUAUUUGUAAACUUUUUUUUUUAAUCCCGAGACUCACUGUCACUUCAUUCUUAACUUUGUAGAUCUAUUGUGCCUUUUCACUAUAUAAGUGAGAACCGUUUGUAACAAUAUGUAAGAAACAUGAUACAAGGUUGGGUGUCCAAACCAACAAUGGAGAACUGGGAUUUGUUUUUGUUUUGUUGAUGUUUUUACUAGCAGCUAUUCCCUAAGAUCCUGGGCACAGUGAAGUCUUUCCCAUCAUUUUGCUAGAUCUUUUGAACUGAGCAUACCAGGUAUUUGAACCUUGUGCUUUCUGCACAUGAGCAUUUUCCUUAUCAGAGGACAGUGGCUCCUCAAAGUUGACAAAAUAAUCCAGAAAUCACAGUGAGGACCAUUGUUUAAAUGAGUGUUCUUUAAUUGGACACUUCCAGAUGGGAGUCGGGAAAGCUGUAAUCCCAAUGUAGCAGGAGUUCAUUUUUCCACCAAUAUUCUGGUCUAUUGAAGUCAAUAAAAUACUGAAUAUAAAUAUUAAGUCAAAUGUAUUUUUCUUAAACUGUCAAAAUGGAAUCCUAAAGAAGCUUCAUUCUACAGUCUUAAGGUGUCUUGAAUCUCUCCUUCUGAUGUAGUAAUUUAUAAUUAAUCUACAUUUGUUAUACUCUUCUGCCUUUCCAUCACACAUUAUAUACUAUAUCCUGCAGAUUUCUUUUAAGAGUGGUAUAGAAAGAAGAAUUUAAGACGUGUUGUUGACAUGUUCAAUUUUGUAAAUAAGGAAUUACAGUAAUUUGGCAAUAGCCAAUUAUACUGGGAAGGCGGCAAAUAUUGCCACAUCAUUUUUAAAAGUGUUUUUUCAAAAAGAUUUCAUUCAUAUUGUAUAUAUUAUAUAUUCUCCCAUUUUGCAGGAUGUUUCUGUUAUUAUAUCUUUUUACCAUCAUGGGCCUGAAGUGCACAGACCUCCUUUUCCAUGGACCGAGACCCAGUGCGAAUGUAGCAUUUUAUCUAGCUAUGGUUACGUGUCUUCAGACUGUUCUGUCUCAACCAGGGGCAAGUCAGAAGAGUCCCCCCCCUUUUUUUUUGUUACCUUUGCAGAAUAUUUACUUCUGGAUUUUUCUGUUUUUCUUAUUUCUGACUAUUUAAAAUUCAACUUGGACUCUUUUUUUCAUAAUUGGUACAAUUUUUAAUAAAUACUUAAAAUCAAAUCAAAUGUUUUCUUUUUGUUCUAUGAACUGGCAGCUGGUAUCACUGGGGCUGAAGAAAACCGAUUGCCUAUUCCAUCUGCAGUGGGAAGUUCUGCUAGACAACAGGUGGCUGGAGAAAGCUGGUGUACAGCAUCUUUCAGAAAUGUAACUGAGAGGUUACUAUGGGUGACAUGAGACCAGAGGGUAGCUCCUUGGAGGCAAUUUAUCCCAGCCUGUCUAACCAUAACUUCUAGUCUACGUAUCUGAGCUAGCAUAUCACACUAUGAACUGGCUUGUUCACUCAUGGUUUGUUGAGUAAGUUUCAACCUAAACUGCACUAAGCUUGUUAUUAUUUAAUGCAACACAUGAUCUCUAUCCAAGAAAACCAUUCAGUACAUUUGUGUUUUCAGGAAAAUGUAAUUUCAUUCACUUUCAGCUAUUAGCUAGCCAAAGUUCACAUGGAUACCUGUGGGAUCGAAUGCUUUUGAAUUAAACACCAUCACAGUACAGCUAAAUUCAUUUUGGCAAAAGCAAAAUUAUUCAAGAAAGCUUGAGAUAAAAUACAGUUUGGAUUUUUUUUUUAAUGCUAUAAUAUCAUGUCUAGAAACAAAUAGUGUAAAGACUUUUAUUCUGAACAUAAUAAAAUCAAUAGAUUC